AAGUGCGCCUCUGUGAUUUCCUAAAAAAAAAUAAUCUUAAAAAAAAAGACUUGAGAAGGACUUUUUUCCCGGCUUUUCAGAGAUUUUUGUGCUGUUGUGCUGCUGAUAGAUUGCAGUCAGUUUGGGUUUCCUCCCGCUUGUGCCUAACUGAUUCUGCAUGAAUUGUCCACUGAGAAUUUUUCACGACUAAAGUGAAUUUGUGUUUAUUCCUCCACUUUCCCAGCGCGUUCUCUCCGCAGUUUUUUUUUGUUGAUUGCAAAAAUCCACCACCGGGGAUGUAGUAGAAAAAAAGGGAGAGUUGUGUCGCUUAUUUUUGUUGUCGCAUUCAUCAUCACAGUGGAUGGGAUGUGAAUUUUAAUCCGUGCACCAUUUCUCAAAUGACUUUUUUUCUCUGGUGCACAUCGUAUUUAAAUUUCAUCCCGCGCCAAAAAAAAGUAGGUAUACAUAGGCUCCACCAACAGACCUGAUAUUAUAUAUAAUUUUCAAAGACAGUGUGGAAAUAAAAAAAAAAACGAGAUAAAAGCAGUGCUUAGGCUGGGGAAUUCAAUCUGAAUGUUGGCAUAAAAUCCCAUCCUCAACCCACCAAAGUGAUGAUUUGUGGUUUUGAAAAAUGAUGCUGGAAAGUCAAUUAAUGAUUGUACGUGUGCUUCAAUGUUGAUCUUCGCACCACCACCAUACUACUGAAGUCACCACAUAGCUCCGGCUAAGAGAGAGUUGCGCCCUUUCGAGGAAGGCAAUGAGAAAUGAGGGUAAAUCCCUCGAGUGUGUGUGUUAAAAAUUUUAUAAAAACGCCAUGGCCAUGAAAGAAUCUUAGAGUGACUUUUCUGAGGCGUGGAAGUCCACCCCCGGGGACAGGAGAGUUGUGUUUUUUGUGAGAUGAGAAGGAAAAAAAGUUGUGGAUUCGCCUUUUCUUGUGUACCACCACCCCACCGAACAAUGACCCAACUUUUAUGGCUUUUCGUCAUCGUGAUGUAUCCAGCAUUCAUUGAAGGCCACACACCCCGGAUCACGGAGCAUCCCACAGACACCACGGUGGCUCGCCAUGAUCCAGCUACGCUCAACUGCAAGGUGCAGGGUACACCAACGCCUACAAUCCAGUGGUACAAGGAUGGAGUACCGCUAAAGAUCCUGCCUGGAUCCCAUCGUAUCUUCUUGCCAGCUGGUGGACUCUUCUUCCUCAAAGUUGUCAAUUCACGGAGGGAGAGUGAUAGUGGGGUGUACUGGUGUGAGGCUAGGAAUCAAUAUGGCGUCGCUAGGAGUCGCAAUGCUACUCUCGUAGUUGCUGUCCUACGCGAGGAUUUCCGUUUGGAGCCGCAGAACACGCGGGUGGCCCAAGGUGACACGGCCCUUAUUGAAUGUGGUCCCCCGAAGGGGACACCUGAACCUAAAGUUGACUGGCGGAAGAAUGGACAGAAACUUGAACUGGAGAACUCCAAGAGGAUCCGCAUUGUUGACGGAGGAAACUUGGCCAUUCAGGAUGUUCGGCAGACGGACGAAGGGCAGUACCAGUGCGUGGCAAAGAAUGCGGCCGGCACGAGGGAGUCGACUGCGGCACUAUUAAAAGUUCAUGUGAAACCGUUCCUGAUCCGAGGACCCACAAGUCAAGUUGUUGUCGAGGGGUCGGCGGUGACGUUUCAGUGCCGAGUCAGUGGGGAACCCAUGCCAGAUGUCCUUUGGCGUCGUUCAGCGUCUGGCGGGAACAUGCCACUCGAUCGGGUGCACAUCCUCGAGGAUAGGAGCUUGCGUCUCGAACGGGUGACGGUGAAUGAUGAAGGCGAGUACAGCUGUGAGGCCGAUAAUGCUGUGGGUUCGAUAACGGCCACCGGAACCCUCACAGUUCAUUCUCCUCCAGUUUUCACAGCUCGUCCUACAGCACAGUCUGUAGACGUACUUGCUUCAGCUUCUUUUGAAUGCCGCGCAGCAGGCAUACCAACGCCUACAAUGUUCUGGUCCAUUGAAGGCAAUCGUUCCCUGAUCUUCCCAGGAACGCGACUAGAUCGCUUUGAAACCACCUUCACAGCUGAAGGUGCAAGUGUGCUUACGCUACCUCAGACACGGAAGACUGACAAUGGGAUCAUAGUUAUCUGUAGUGCUCUGAAUAGUGUGGGUUCAAUUACUGCAAAAGCAAAACUUAUUGUGAACACAGUUGAGGACAAUCCCCCACCAAUUAUAAUUCAGGGUCCUGUGAAUCAGACCCUACCUGUAAAAUCUGUGGCUGUGCUAGUGUGUCGAUCAAGUGGUGUACCUACUCCAGUGGUUUCGUGGUAUCGGGACGGUAUUCCCGUUGUCCCGUCGCACAAGAUAAAUAUGACAGAGUCAGGAACACUCACAAUAUCAGACUUGAAUAGGAAUGAAGAUCAAGGGUUGUACACGUGUGUAGCUAGUAGUCGAAAUGGCAAGUCAACGUGGAGUGGUUUCCUACGGUUGGAGCAACCAACAAAUCCCAAUAUCAAGUUCUUCCGAGCACCUGAGGCAGCUACUUUUCCAGCUGCUCCCAGUAAACCGCUUAUAAUUAAUGUAACUGACGAAUCUGUGACAAUAUCGUGGAUUCCUGGUGGGAAAACGGGUGCAUCAGAGCUACAGGGGUACAUGGUGGAAAUGUUCAGCAGCAACAUUAGUCGUGGAUGGAUUCCACUUAUUCAACACCAUCCUGAUACCACCUAUACGCAAUAUGCUCUAACACUGGGAGCCACUUAUGUGUUCAUUGUCCGUUCGGAGAACUUCCAUGGCCUAUCACCCCCGAGCCCCAUGUCGGAUCCAGUUGUCGUUGGUGGCAAGGCUCUCGGUGCUGAAGAGGACAUUGGACUGAGUGAGGCGCAGGCAAUUCUGUCGUCUGGCAAUGUGGUUGAAUUACUCGAGGCGAAUGCCACUGAUUCCACGAGUGUACGGCUCUCCUGGGAGAUUAUAAAUGGCCAAUACGUGGAGGGUUUCUACAUCUAUUCACGUGAAACUGUGACCAAUGGAACGUAUAAGAUGCUGACCGUGCUACACGGUGGCGGAGCGUCCGCAUGCACAAUGACGGGCCUUAGGAAGUACCAUCAGUAUGAGUUCUUCAUUGUGCCCUUCUACAAGACGGUCGAGGGACGCCCCAGCAAUUCACGGACCACCCGCACAUUGGAAGACGUUCCAAGUACCCCACCAGAACAUAUCGAGGCGAUUUUAUUGAAUGCGACAGCUGUGUAUCUGAAAUGGCAUGCACCUUCCAACGACACAAUCAAUGGCAUUCUACUCAGCUACCAAAUCAUUGUUAGGGGUUUUGAUUCGCACAACUUGUCGAAAAUACUCACAAACAUUACAAUAGAUGCGAAGACACCGUCACUCUUGCUGGCAAACCUCUCUGCCGGUGUGACAUACUCCGUGAGUGUGUCAGCGGGAACUGGAGCAGGAUUCGGACCAUUCAGCCCACCGGCUAUUCUUCGGCUUGACCCACACUCUCGGCGUCUCGACAAUAGCUUCACAAGAUACUCAAUCAAUCACAACUUAUCAGAUGACAUCCUUACGCAGACGUGGUUUAUUGUCCUGUUGGGAUCAAUAAUCGCCAUCAUCGUAUUCCUCUUCGGGGCAAUGGUAUUGUUUAAGCGGAUUCAAUUUAUCAAGCAAACAUCAUUGGCCUCAAUGCACGGAAAUCACGCAAUCGGAACUGUAAGAAAAUUCCCCACAUUGCCACUCAAUACGGGCGCGAAUGGCAGCGUCGGCGGUGGAACAGCCACGGGCGGCGGUGUGUGGAUAGAUCCUUCCGGUGGUGUGUGGCGGCAUGCAAAGGAUGGGAUACCCGAUUAUGCACAAAUAUCAGCCAACCAAACACUUCCGCUGCCCGAUUAUGAGAGACUAACACCACUCAAUAUGCCGGACUAUGCGGAAGUGGCUGGAGUGUCGUCGUUUAAGCACCCAAAGUCGCCGCUGUACGAUAGCUGUGGUGCAUAUGCGACCACAUCGCUGAUUGGCACAACAAACAUUUACCACCAGAAUCGGAUGGAUGCCAAGAGCAAUUCCAUCUACUCGGCGCCCACAAGUUGCCACUAUGGCAUCAACGAUGGCCUACCCUAUGCCAUGGAUGCGUCCAAGAACGCCAACGUACUACAGCGCAAUGCUGCACAUCAUGGUAGCCACAACAGGCUCAUUAUGAACAUCACGGAGAAUCGUCUGAAUCUCAUCAACAACCUCGGCCGACCGUCCACAUCCACUGCCAUGCCUCAGACACCAAUGCUGGGCACCAUGCGUCGCAAUAGGUUGAUGAAGCUGAGCCAAGGUGGCGACGGGCGUAACGGACGAGUAGCCGAUGGCUCGUGGACACCCUCCCCCUCGGCCAUAGAUGGCGCAAAUUCAAUGGCACACCACUUCAUCCAAGCAGCCACAAGUGAUAAGAAUAGUUCGCAGAGCUAUUUGAGUAGUUUCGGCAAAACGGACAAUGUGUGAAUAUCCCACCCCCACCACCCCAUACCCCCCAGCACACACCCACCCACCCCAUGUGUACAUAGUUUGGGCCCCAUUAAAUACACAUUUGGGCCGAGUGUAUUUAAUUGCGCGAGUGCGAAUGAGAGGCAAAAUGCCAAGAUGUAAUGAUACAAAUUGUAUGAUUUAUGAGUGAAUACGGUUCCUAAAACACCAUCCAAAUAAUAUAGAGAAAAUUUCACCAGCCGGAAGUUUGAGGGACAAACUUUUUCAUCUUAAUGGACUGAUAAUGUGCUGGAUGCUAUACAUAUAUUUGCUUUUCUGGUCACCAUCACAGCUACAGAGGGGGGAUGAGGUUAAGUUAAACUUUAUCCACCCAUUUGCUACCCACAUUUGACCUCUGACUUGGGGAAUUUUCAACCACUUUUCCACCUCAAGUAAUAAUCUCAAUUUUGUAUGUUCUAAUGAGAGAUAAUAAGACUCUUCUACACAACCUUUUACUCUAAUAUACCUGAUUAAAUACGGCAUGGAUGGAUGUACGGACAUGUGCGGGAAAGCAGUGAGUAAUUUUUGCAUUAAUAUAAUUAAACUAAUAUUAGUUUAUUUUCAAUUUCUCUUUCAUAAAGAUUUUUCCUUUAAGAAAUUUUAUUAAAAAAUUAGGGAUAAAAAAUUGUAUUUGUUUGAAGUUUAAUGAUAUUUUUUAUUUAUAGAAUUUGUUUUAAAAUAGAGGGAUUUGAUACAUAUUUUGCAAGAGUAUGGAAUUUUAAAUUUGAAAUAUUUGAAUUUUUAAAUUAAUUUGAAUUUCAAGAAAUAAUAAAGGUGCUCACUUAAUAAUGUAAGAGAUCGAUUUAGUAAAUAAGUGAGAAGGCAUUAAGUAAUUUCCAAUUAUGCAAUAAAGUUAAGUUUUUGGGAAAGCGAUCGCACGAUAAACGAGUUAAGAAUGCGAUUUUUUCACACUUUUAGCUAUUGAAAGAUCUACUUUUUUUCAAAGGAAAAGUUUUCAAGGAAAACAAAUUUUAUUUUAAUAAUUCAUAUUUUAAAUAAUUUUUGCUCCAGUGGCUCUUGAGUUAUUUAACUUCCACUUUUUUUUCUCUUAUGGAAACCUUUCAAUAGAUUAUGUUUUAACCUUAAGCAAGAAUGUUCUGACAGUCAAGAUAAUGCAAAAUAAUGCUUCUUUACCUCCAAAAAUUUUAAAAGUAAAAUAUUCACAAUUUUUUUUAAUUCCCGGAACUUACCAUAAAAGCUUCGUAGGAAAAAUUUUCAAAAAAAGUACCUAAAUAAAGAUUAUUAAGAAUCAAAAAUCAAUGGAUACAAUACUUAGCUUACACGUUUAUUCCUUCUUAUUACUUAUGUGGCUUACGCGUUCUUUUACCUUAUUAAGUGAGUUCCCUUAAUAUCUUAUCAACUUUUUCUGAUUUUUCUUCGUGUAAUGAUUGAUUUUCGUACAAAAUUUGUAACUAAAUUAAAAUUAUGUAAAUUCAAAAUAAGAAAUGAAAGUAUUGUUUUAUAAGUCUGGUUUCUUGCACAACGUCUGCUAAUGUAAUUAAAUUUUAUUAUGAUGAAAGAAUGCUCAAAGAAAAUGUUAAAUUUGUAUAAAAAAAAGCGUGUUAAUGAAACAUAAUCAUUUCAUAAAGCAGUGUAAAAUGCAUAAAAUUGAAGAUAAUUCGAUUUAUAUUAUAUUAAAAUUAAAUUAGUAAGCUUCUUGUACAUACCUCUUCUAUAUCCAUUAUAUAAAGUAAUUUUCACUAUAUAAAAUAUGGAAAAAAAUGAAGAGAAGAAAUAUCCUAAAAAAGUAUUCUAAUUAUUGUAAUUAUAAAGAAAAAAAUAAUUAUUCUCGUGAACAGAAUAUUAAUUGAGGCGACUAAUUUCUAUAUUAAGAAAAAGAAAGUGCGAACGUUUGGGAAAAAAAUGGCGAACCCACAUCUUGAAGGGAUGCCAGAAUUAAAAGCUGUCGCCAAAAUUGCGUGCCAAGAAAGGAUGUGGGAAUGAUGAAGAAAAAAAAAUCAAUGGGGCCGCAGAAUGGGGAAUUUGGAUGGAAAAUGGCUAGAUAAAUAAGACUGAGAAGAGUACUAAUAAUUAAAUUAUUUAACCCCCACACGCCACAAUUCAAAAUGAGAUAAAUGAAGAGUCCUUUUUGGUAUUUAUACUCCACACAACACACACACACACCCUCGGGCAGUUGAACUGCGAGGAUAUGCCACUUUAUAACCAACCCGUACCACCCCCCCACCGAAUAGGGAGACACUCUCGACAACUUUCUGUGUGUAUUUGUAUCCCCCUUUUUGGCAUUUCAGCAAAAUUUGCUUUUAUACAUUUUCAAGUGCACAACCUCGAGAGCAAGAGACAAAUAUGAAUUUAACUUUUCCCCAUGGAAAAACACUCGAGAUCCCGAAGAGUUUCCAUUAGCUAAAUUAAUUGACAGGAUUGUUUGGAGGAAUUCCCAUUUCAUUUUCUUCCGUUUUUUUUUUUGAAGCUACAAAAGAUAACUUUUCCACUCCUGAUGGAAUUGUCACACUUUUUAAUCACUUUCUUUUUCUUUUUUCUCCUCCUGACGGCAAUCAAUUCCACGCAAAGACACAGAAGAACUCUCGUAUAUAAAACAGCUACCUCUUGAAAGUAAUUCCUAUUCCCACGAAAAUUAAAUGAAGAAAAGAUGGAGAAAUGUUGUAAGAAAUUUUCACAGAGAGAGAAACUAGUGAAGAAAUAGAAGAGUAUAGAAUUGCAAGAAAAUGGUGAUUUGGAAGAUUUUUCACAUCAAUUGAAUGGACAAAAACGAGCAAGAGUGAACCACCCUCGAAUGUGUAAGUAGAAGUUGUGUGAAAAAGCAGAGGAGAAAAAUUGCAGGUCGGUCCGGAAAAUAGUGGUACAUUUGUGAGUUUUUGACAAGAUAGAGAACAAAUGCACAGUACAAGGGGUUAAUUCAGGACAAGUGCUGUAAUUUCCUGGAAAAGCGCUGGGAAAUAUACUAAUUUUUCCAUUUAAGAUCUAGUCUAAAUUGAUUUAUUUCUGAAUUUAUAGUUAUUCGAGAAAAUGUUUUAAUAGCAAAUUAAACCUAGAGCAAUGCUCAAUUUUAUGCAUUAAACCCAUGUUCUAAAAUCAAUCUUAGAAGAUGGAAAAAUCUCGAGUUUUUCUACAUAACCAAUUUUGAUAAUGCUCUCCAAUAAUUUCAUUUUAAAGACAUUUAUUACAAACAAUCUGUAGGGGAACGUGGCCCAAUUCGGACCUCCUAAGCCCUUUUUCAAUUUUUCUGUGUGGCAAAUACUAUUGACAUGAAGAGAUGGGUCCAGCGACCUCUCCAAUAAUUUAAACACGAAAUUUGCUUACAUUGAAGGGACUUACUCCAUGUGUUGUAUAUUACAUUCUUUGAAAUUUUAAAGGUUUUAUUUUAAGGAAUUUGUUUUUCUGCGAAAGGUUAAAUUAAAUUAAUUUUAAUAAAAUAGAAAUUAAAUAAUCAUUAUCAAGAAUUGUUUUUUUUUCUUAAUUUUCAUAUUGCCCAAUUUUAGUUCUCAACAAAAUGCGUCACUAUUUCCUUCCAUGGACUGUUAAUGUGAAAUUUAUCCGAUGCUAUGCGAAAGGAGGAAAUUUUCGUGGAAAUCCAUGUUAUAAAAUAAAAACAAAUCUCUAUAAAAAUGUGCCAUUUUCACACACACAAAAAUAUAUAAAUAAUAAUAAUAACAUUGUAAUAAUAAUAAAGCAGUACGUGUGUCAUUUGAUAUGAAAAAAAAAAAUUGGGAGUAUAAAUAGAAAGUGGUAAAAGAUAUGAGAAAUAGCUAUGUGGAUGCAAGAGGAAAAAAAUACAUAGAAAUUUGUAAUUUAACCGUCCAACUCAUAUCGAAUAAAAUAUUAAAUAGCUGAAGAA